AUGGGUGUUAAGAGUACUGUUGUUGUUACUGUGAAACCCAAAACCAAUGAAUUUAUUCCUUGUGGCGAAAUCAUGUUUCUGAAGUUUGCUAGCGUCGAAUUGGAUUCGGAUCAACAGCAAAAGAAAUUUAUCGAAGUUCAGGCAGAAGUACAGGAUGAUGAAUCAGAGGAGUGCAGUAAGUACGUAGCGGAAAUUGAGGUUCCAGAAGGUUUUGGAGAUAUUGGUGCAGUGAUUGUUGAAUUGGAUUACGAGGCGAAUGAGAGGUUUAUCGACACUGUUUCUAUUACGGACUCACAGACUAAGAACUCAAUUACCUUCAGCUGCAAAUCAUGGGUGCAACCCCAACGUGUUCUUGACCAGCGAAGGAUCUUCUUUUCCACCAAGUCCUAUUUACCUGGAAGAACACCUGCUGGACUAUUGAAGCUGAGAAAAGAAGAUCUUGCAAAUCUAAGAGGACAAAAAGCAGAUGGAACAGAAGAUAAGAAUGAGCGUCAACCAUUCGAAAGAAUUUAUGAUUAUGACUUCUACAACGACCUUGGAGAUUCCGAUGGACCAACAGAAUGGAAAAGGCCUGUUCUUGGUGGUUCAGACGAGUACCCUUAUCCUCGACGUUGUAGAACUGGUCGUCCUCAUUGUAUUACAGAUGCAUCCACAGAGCAAAGGAGUGGAGGAAGGUUUUAUGUUCCACGAGACGAAGAAUUCUCAGAGGUGAAGCAACAUUAUUUCCCACCUAGUGACCCAGGGACCAAGGAUUUAUUGGGAAAAGAUCCUUUCUCUGACCUUCCUCAAAUUGAGUCAAUGUUUAGAGAAGGCAUUGAACCCCCUUCUGCUCCUCACAAAAUUCUUAAAUUUAAUAUAUCAUCCAUAGUUUCCCCCAACAAACCUACCCUUCAAUCUUCAGUGCCCAGUACCCUCCUUCAAUAUCCACCACCAGAGGCCCACAACAGAGAUAGGUACAGUUGGCUCAGUGAUACUGAAUUUGCAAGACAGACACUUGCUGGUGUCAAUCCUUACUCUAUACAACUAGUCACAAGUUUGCCGUUAAUGAGCGAGCUUGACCCUAAGAUUUAUGGACCUCAAGAAUCAGCAUUCACCCACACAAAGGUUCAAGAAUUAAUCCGAAGUCCCAUCGAAGUUUGCCAGGCAAUAGCGGAGAAAAGAUUAUUUGUAUUAGAUUACCAUGACACUUUAAUGCCAUAUGUAAGCGAAGUAAGAAAACUUAAUGGGACGACAUUAUAUGGAUCAAGGACCUUGUUCUUUCUGAAGUCAGAUGACACUUUGAUGCCAUUGGGUAUUGAGUUAACUCGACCACCAAUGGAUGGGAAUCCCCAAUGGAAACAACUUUUCAUACCAGGCAUUGAGGCCACAGAUGUGUGGCUAUGGAGGCUUGCGAAAGCCCAUGUCCUUGCUCACGAUUCUUGUAUUCAUCAACUUAUUAUUCAUUGGCUUAGAGCUCAUUGUUGCAUGGAGCCAUAUGCCAUCGCCACAAAUAGACAAUUAAGUACAAUGCACCCAAUCUAUAGACUAUUGCAUCCUCAUUUCCGGUACAAUAUGCGCAUUAAUGCAAAUGCUUGUGAAAGCCUCAUCAAUGCCGGAGGCAUCAUUGAGAGCACAUUUUCUACUGCAUCUCACUCCAUGCAACUCAGUUCUUCAGUGUACAAGAAGGAGUGGCGAUUUGACGAACAGGCACUCCCUGAAGACUUAAUUCGCAGGGGAAUGGCGGAAAGAAAGAAAGAUGCAGAAGGCCAUGAUGUUCUUGAGUUGGCCAUCAAAGACUACCCAUUUGCAAAUGAUGGUCUCCUAUUAUGGAAUGCCCUGUUGAAAUGGGUGACAGAAUAUGUGAACCACUAUUAUGGAGAUGAUGAGAAUGAAGUAAUGAAUGAUAAAGAGUUGCAAGCUUGGUGGCAAGAAAUUCGAGAAAAAGGACACCCAGAUAAAAAGGAAGGAUGGCCUGCAUUAAAAACUCGAGAUGACCUCAUUAAGAUUGCAUCAACCAUAGCAUGGGUAGGAAGUGGGCAUCACUCGGCUGUCAACUUCAUUCAAUAUGCAUAUGCAGGUUAUACUCCCAAUCGGCCUAGUAUUGCAAGGACCAACAUGCUCACGGAGGACUUUCACCAACUUCCUGAAGAAUUUAUAGACAAACCUGAAAAUGAGUUGCUUCAAGUCUUUCCUUCAGUUGCUCAAGCUACUACUGUCACUGCAACUAUGUAUUUGCUAUCUGUUCAUUCUUCAGAUGAGGAGUACAUUGGGGACGAGAUAGAGCCAGCCUGGACUCUUGAGCCCUCCAUAAAUAAGGCCUUCAAAAGGUUUAAUGCCAGCUUGAUGGAUCUAGAGCAACAAAUCGAUGCUAGUAAUAAAAAUAAUAAGUUGAAGAAUAGGCGUGGAGCUGGGGUUAUGCCUUAUGAGGUUCUAAAGCCACAUUCAGAUAAAUCUGGGAUCACUGGAAAGGGAGUUCCAUACAGCGUUUCCACUUAA